CGUGACUCGUGACUCGUGACCUCACGAAGAACAGAAGUGGAAAACGCAGAGAGCAAGAAAGGAAGAACGUCCAUGGUGGCCAAGCAAGCUUCAACGUCGAAGAACUCCUCUUCUCCCCCUUCUUCUUCUCCAGCCUCCUCGGCUCCCGUUGAAACACCCACCUUCAACUCCUACAGGUAAGCUCCAAUUCCCCUCACUCUGAGAAUCCGACUUCACUUCGUGCAAAAUUUUCCUUCCGUUCCCCUCUUCUUCUUUGACUGUUUGGCCGCCGAGAAAAUCUUCGAAUCACGAAGGUCGAGCGACCGAUUAUGCGGAGAACGAUGUUGUUGAGAAUUAAAUCUGACGAGCGGGUGAGGAAUGCCGUAAGACAAGCUUCGUUGUGCAGCGAGUUCGAAAGGAAACUGAAUGUAACGAAGUCGAUAACGAAGAAGAAGCCGAAGAUGCCGCCAAGCGCCUUCUUCAUCCACAUGGAAGAUUUUCGCAAAGAAUUUCAUGAGCAGAACCCAGAUGUCAAGUCCAGGGCGCGUGAGUUUAGCAAAGCGUGUGGGGAGAAAUGGAAAAGGAUGACAUAUGAGGAAAAAGUCAAGUACUAUGACAUCGCCAUCCAGAAAAUGGCAGAGUUUGAAAUUGCCAUGAAGGAUUACACAGAGAACAAGGAAUCUGGCGAAUACGAGGACAGUGAUGAGGACUCCGACUCCGACGAUUACUACUAGGACUAUUGUAUUCAGCUACCAAUCCUUGAGCAGGCACAAGCUAUUAAGUACACGAGCACAGAAGUUAUACAUCCCUUUUGUGAUCAUUAUCUU